GAAAAUAAAAAGAGUCGGAGAGAAAGAGAAAGGGGGUCGGUUUUUCUUCUUCUGCUUUUCUGCCCUUUUCUCAUUCUUUAUUCGACUGAAAAAUUCAAUGAACUUGGGUGAAAAGUAUGCAUGCAUGAAUCUAGUGUAGAUCGGAAUAGGUGAAGAUUACUGAUGCUAUUGAUGGUGGUUGAUUUGCAUAAAUGGAGAAACUUGGGUGCAUUCCCUAAAUCAACUUCCAGGGAAAGAAGGUAUAAUAUGUUUUUAGAGUAUAUCACCUGGGAUUUCUCAUCACCACAAGCUUUACUUGCAAAGUGUUUGAUAAAAAUCCUGAAAGAAAAGGACUCUUAUAUCUCUUUGAUACUAGCAAUUCGAGGCUUAUAUCCUGAAGUGACAGUUACGAGACUUGUGGAUGAAUGCUUACAUGUCAUAGCUAUCAAUAUGGAUGGUUCAUGCCAGCUAUCAAUAACGCGGGGUAUGAAAUCUGUAUCUUCUAGCUUAGAUGCACAGUAUAUGGUACUUGGAAAUCAUUGAAAUCAUUAGCACUUUCAAUUAAGCAAUCAUUGCUUGUUCAGGAGCUGGUUGUACUUGUAUGAGUUUGGUCGACGUAAAAAUAUUGUAUGUCAAGUAUCAUUCCACAGGUAUAUAUGCCUAUAUAUAUAAAUCGUGGCGCGUAGUUACUAUAUCUCCUACCUCUCUAUGCAACCUAGUUUGGAACUGUUAUUUAACCUUAGUUUGGAACUGUAUACUUAAAUUAUUACAUGUGCUCCAUUAGUAUGUGUGAAGCUGGACUGUGUUAAAUUAUGGUUGCACAAAUGUCAUGAGAGGAUAUUCUUUAAGCUAAGAUUUUCGUUGACUGUAAGAGUUUAGUGCACAAGAUGGUGUUUUGCGUACACUUGCUUUCACAUCUUGGGAUGCAUAUUUCUACUUCGUAUAUUAGUUAAGGUAUCAUGGACACCUUGGUGAUAGCUGUUAUUUUCUAGAUGAAUUCACCUUUAUAUGUCGUAUCAUGUAGUCCGAUGUUUAUUCUAAGUGGCAGGUACAAGUGCAGAUGCAAAUAUAGAUGAGCAGGUGCAGGUACAGAUAUAAAUAGACAUUGACAUCUUGUCAUUGAUUGAUAGCUGGGGAUAGUUGUUGCUAUGCAAUUCAUAUUAUCCAUUGUAAGAGAUUGUUGCUGGCACGACAAACAGUUCAUACAAUCUACGUAAGAGAUGGUUGCUACCUAAAUGGGAUAAUUCAUAUCAUCUUGAUCAGAGAUAGUUGCUACUAAUGAGGGUAGUUCAUAUUAUCUGAACCAUGACGAACUACGGUCGUGCUUGAUCCCUUCGAGCAACGUAGAGGGUACGUAGGCAGCCGCUAUGCGGUUCAUCACAACUCUACAAGGUUGUUCAUAUUAUCUAUUCAGAGAGGAUUGCAACCCUUACAGAUUAUGUAAUGAUUGUUAGAGGUAGUUGCAGCAUUGGUUGUUCAUACUACUUAGUGAGAGAUGAUUAUUACCAUCCGAGGUAAAUCAUACCAUCUGAUAAUUGUACAACAUGUGAGACGAGAUGGUUAUUACCGUUCGAGGUAAUUCAUAUCAUCUGUCUCUGCUCGUGAGUUAAGCAAUGGUUUUUAUCAUACGUGGUAACUCA